CGGACGGUUUUUGGGCGGGGACGGGGCGGGUUUGCUGAUGUGUGGGGUUGUGUCCCGUUGAUUGUGUUCCCCCCAGGUCGGGCUCUCUCUGAACGAUGCGCGGUUCCGUGCUGUCGGUGCUGAGCCGGUUCUCCCAGGAGUACGCGGCGGGGACGCCGCUCCGCCUGAAGCUGCUGGACUCGUACCUGCUGUACAUGGCGCUGAGCGGGGUGGCGCAGUUCCUUUACUGCGCUCUGGUCGGAACCUUCCCGUUCAACUCCUUCCUGUCCGGGUUCAUCGCCUGUGUCGGGGCCUUCGUGCUGGCAGUUUGCUUGCGGAUACAGAUCAACCCUCAGAACAAAGGAGACUUCAUUGGUAUCUCACCUGAGCGAGCAUUUGCAGACUUUCUCUUUGCUAGCACCAUUCUUCAUCUGGUGGUAAUCAACUUCAUAGGUUGAGUGUGCAAAUUGUUGUGCAGCAGUAAUAAUGAGGAUUGGAACUCGUAUUGUGGCUGCAAUGGACCUGUCUGAAUUUUGUUUACACAUUUUGUUUCAUUCCGUACAUGUAUAAAAAAUAAAGCAUCUUUUACAAAA